AUCUCGCCGAGUUACAAGUCAAGUUACAACUCAGUAACAACAUAAACCCAUCAAACAAACAAACACAACUACAUACGACUCCUGUUGAGUUCGACUUGUUUCUACUUUGGUCUUCCUUCCGUUCAAUCCCACCGAAAUUCCAAACUCAAAUCACAGAUGAGGAAGUUGUCGGCGGCGGUGGUGGCGGCCGUACUGGUGGUUCUGACGGCGAACAUGGGUGUCGUGUUGGGGAUCAGGUUUGUUAUCGAUAGGGAAGAAUGUUUCUCGCAUAAAGCGGAGUAUGGGUCCACUGUCAGAUAUUCGUUUGUUGUUAUUAAGGUUGAAGGUGCCUGGCAUUAUAAUGAAGAUGGUGUUGAUCUUGUGGUGAAAGGACCAAAAGACGAACAAAUUCAAGAUUUCCGUGACAAAACAAGCGACAAAUCAGAUUUUGUGGCGCAUAAUGAAGGGCUUUAUAAAUUUUGUUUCACAAACAAAUCACCAUACCAUGAAACCAUCGACUUUGAUGUCCAUUCUAGCCACUUUUAUAACGACGUUGAACAUGCAAAAGACGAUCAUUUCAAACCGAUUCUGGAACAAAUAUCGAAGUUAGAGGAUGCUUUAUAUAACAUUCAAUUCGAACAACAUUGGCUCGAGGCCGAAACUGAUCGUCAGGCGUUAAUAAAUGAAGGGAUGAGCAGUAGAGCAAUGCACAAGGCACUUGUUGAAUCGGCAGCUCUGAUCGGUGCAAGCGUGUUGCAGGUGUACCUACUCAUACGUCUGUUUGAGCGGAAACUCGGGAUGUCUAGGGUUUAAUGUGGGAUUGUGGAAUGUUUUAACACCUUUUCAUUUGUUAUAAACUUUUGUUAUGAGCUCUAUAUACUAAAUUAAAUUAGCACUUCAAAAGGCAUAAUUACAAUAGUUAAUGUAGUGAUAUUGCGAUAA